CUUGCAUCGCUGUUUUUUUUUCUGGGGUUCAGUGCUGCUUUCGCAGGUUUGACUGUCAGCAGUGGUACUGAAGAUGGGAAGGAGUGAACUGACGCUUUAUUUACCCAGAAAUCUGACCACACUGCCUUGAUUUGUUAUUUAUACCCUUACUGGAACCAAACUGACCCAUUUUGGGCUGCGUUGCCACUAAAGGAAGCGGUUGGGGGGAGGGUGAAGCCGAGCGGCGGCUGAAGUGGCCUCGUCAAGGCUUGGUCCUUAGCACCGUUUUUCAGUCAACAAGGACACUUCAGCUGGCAACAGCAGCAGUGUCUGCUGACGAGUCCUGCGGACUGUUUUCCUCUGGAAAGCUGCGCUAAAAACCUGGUUAAAUAAGUGACUGAAAUAAGAGACCAACAGCUGAUGAUUCUUCUCUACAGGAAGUUUGUUUCAUUAGUUCCGUGAGGACUAAACACUGGAUUUCUGUUGACUAAGAGGUAAAAACCUAUGCUGUGUUUUUGUUAGGUGUCGACAAGCCUUGCUGUGACAGGAUACAGUCAUAGCAGCAUCAGUGGCCUUGAACCUAGGUAUCAGGUUAUAUCAGGCUGAUCCAUCUCGGUAAGGCUACACCAAAGCAGGAGUGUGACACUGAAAUACACAGCAGCUCAACAAUUUUCCCCCUGGGUUUGAACCAGAGCUGAAGCCAAGGAACCACUUCCACAAAAAAUUUGAAGAAAAAGCCUGGCUGAGAUCCAUUUCAUCCACAGGGCCUGGACCGUGAAGCCUGAUCGAUCCCGCUUUUGUGCUCUGCCACAGGUCGCAGCACAACUAUCGUCUACUCAAUAAUGCAUUGAGUCAAACUCAGGAAUGAAAAGGAGGAGAAAGUGUGCAAUCCUCUGAUCCUUUUGGAAAGGUGGACGACUGUCCAGAGAAAACGAGCGAUUGCUUCUGGAUAACGCAGCGGAUCAAGGGCAUGUGGAAGUGAAAGCAGUGAACAAAUGUUGAAGAGGAAAAGAAAAAGAGAAGAAAAUGGAUGCUGACAAAGUGACAUUGGGGCAAAGACCAUAGGAAGUUUGAUCAAAACAGAGAGGAAGGGUGCAAGUGGACUUUAAAGAGUAAAAAGAAGACGAUCUGCCCAUAGAAGCAACUGUAGAAGACAAAGAGGAACCAAGGAGGUCAUCAUGGUGAACACUGGCAUGCAGCUGAUCAGCUUCACCUGCGCGGUGACUGGCUGGAUCAUGGCGAUCGCUGUCACGGCCUUGCCCCAGUGGAAGGUCUCGGCCUUCAUCGGCAGCAACAUCCUGACCUCAGAGAUCAAGUGGGAAGGUAUCUGGAUGAACUGUAUCUAUCAGACCACUGGUCACAUGCAAUGUAAGACAUAUGACUCCAUGCUGGCGCUGCCUCCGGACAUCCAGGCGGCUCGCGCCCUCAUGUGUCUGGCCAUCUUUAUGGGUUGGCUUUCCUGCACCGUGUCCUGCUGUGGCAUGAAGUGCACCACCUGCGCCGGGGACGACCGCCGGGCCAAGGCAGGUAUCGCACUCGCAGGUGGGGUUCUCUUUAUUCUGACUGGCCUGUGUGUGCUGAUUCCUGUUUCCUGGACUGCUAACACCGUCGUCCAGGAUUUCUACAACCCCAACGUGCCCUUGAUGCACAAAAGAGAGCUGGGCCAAGCUAUUUAUCUGGGCUGGGCAGCUGCAGUCAUUCUUAUGAUCAGUGGAGCCGUGUUGAGCAGCACCUGCCCCCUCAUGGAGAGGGGUGGGAGGUACCGCAGGGGCUAUAUAGGCCGGAGCUUUGCUAAUUCGCCUGCCUCAGCACCAGACCCCCCAAAACCCAUCACAUCAAAUAGUCUACCAUUAAAGGAGUAUGUAUAAGAAGAGAAGGAAGGAGCAGCAGCAGGUGGAGAUGAAGGAGGCUGCAGAGUUGAUGCUGUUAAAAACUCUAAGUCUGUGUAUUUGAAGCUAUAAAUUGAAAUCUAUAUAUUUAUUAAUAUAUUCAUCGUAUAUUUUGCUUAUUUUGUAAAUCUCUUUGUAAUGUUAAACUUGUAUCAUCACUUCAAAACAUUCACGUUUGUUUGACAUUUGACACUUACUGCACGGUGAUUUGCAGUAGUGCCUGAAGAAAGCCCGUUAUCGUUAAAUCGGCAGCAGUGACAGAGAGAGCACGGCUGUUCGGCGGCUUUUAUGAUGGCCUGUGUUGUGAAGAUUGCAGUGAUUUCUUCAGCAGUUAUUCUGUGACAAUGUCAUUACCUCGAGUGUGCCUACAUCCAAAGUGUGAAAUAAAACAAGUUUGUUAAAGCGUGCUUCACAAACUGCGUUUUGCAACCGACUUUAUCCGUGUGUGUGCUGCUUGUUCUCAGAAAUACAUUUAUUUUGUCAUAAGUCAAGUAUGACAUGGUUCCAAUUGGGCCUUUUUUGUGGAAGAAUGCAUCUUGUGCAAUGUUUUAAAUUCCUCUUCAUCUUGAAUUAUCAAAGUCUGGUACAUGCACACACUUUCCAC